UUCGCUAAUCGUUGACGAACUAUUUCGUAGAUUACAUUGGGAAUCAUUGACUAACUAUCUUCGUAGUCGAAGCAACGUGUCAUUGGAUCGAUUGCCGUAUGUCAAAGCCUAACAUAUCAUAAUUUUUGAUAUAUAUAAAAUAACAUAUAUCCAAAAUGUCUGUUACCAGUGGUAUAUCAUUUUUAUUGUCUUCCAUUUUAACCGUACUUUUAUUCUCUGGAAUGCAAAUGUACAGAGCAUGGUUGACAUCAUCGCAAUUGCAUACUAUCCUUGGAGGUUAUAUUGGAUCGUUACUAUUUUUAUUUGUAUUAACAGCAUUAGGAAAUCUGGAGACAACUGUAUUUGGAAAAUCAUUUCAACAAAAAUUAUUUCCAGAAGUUAUCUUCUCGUUAAUUAUUAGCUUGAUUGCAUCGGGAUUGGUUCAUCGUGUGGCUACUACAACCUGUUUUUUAUUUUCUAUGGUAGCGCUCUAUUAUAUGAAUCGAAUAUCUCAAGAAACUUAUGCCGUACCUGUACCAACAAUGUCAUUGCAUUCAAAAAAAAGAAAGUAAACGAUAUGAACAUACUAUUUAUUGCAUCAUACUGUUCUCUUGUAUUGUCAAUACAUAAAAUAAUGUUUUAAUCUUUUA